UCUCUCUCUCUCUCUCUCUCUCUCUCUCUCUCUCCGUCUGUCUGUCUGUCUCUCGCUCGCUCUCAGCCUUGACUUCUUCUCUGUUCCUUUCACAUCAAACCAGCAGCAGCUCAUGAAGGAUUUUGGGAUGCAUGUUGUCUUUAAUCUUGAAACGAGGGAAUUCUGGGACCUCAGAGGGAAUCUGGCCAUGACACACGGAUGGUUUGCGGAUGUUUCGUGGAUCUGAGCUCGCUGUGGAUUAUCAGUUCUAGUGUGUGUGUGUGUGUGUGUGUGUGUGUGUGUGUGUGUGUGUGUGUGUGUGUGUGUGUGUGUGUGUGUGUGUGAAUGAUGACACACGUCACAGACGAGGAGACACGCAUCUGUCCGUCAUGUGCUCGUGGUUUUGACGUUCCUCUCAUUCUGCCCUGCUCUCACACUCUCUGCGGCCGCUGUCUGACCGGAGGGGCGGGGCCUGAUCUGUGCAGGGGCGGGGUCAGGGGCGGGGUCUCCUCCUCUCAUCCGGUCGUUCUCUGUCCAAACUGUCGUCAUGGCGUUGAGCUGCCCUGCUUUGACUGGUCAUCUGCUCUGACCUGUCUGCCCUUUGACCCUACAGUGACCUUUGACCCUGUAAAGAGAGGGACGCAUGAGGAACAGAGAUGGGAGACGGAUGGCAGUGUGGAUCUUUCUGAAGAGGAAAUGGAACAAUCCGUUUCAGGUCUUAUCUUCACCCUCGAUUCGUCCUGCUCUGAUUCGUCGCUUCACCUCUCAAGCUCCGCCCUCUCCGUCACCUUCACAGGUCACAUGAUCUCAUCACAUGACCGCAGGGAUCAGGACUGUCCACUUCCUCAGGUGUGUGGCAGCGUGAGCGUCUCCAGAGGACAGUAUUACUGGGAGGUGGACGUCUGCAACAGCGCCAUCUACAGGAUCGGAGUGAUAUCAUCAUGUGAUGGGCGUGGCUGGUGGUUGGAGAGGCGUGGCUCUGCGUUUCACACUGUGUUUGAAGGACAGCAUGAGCUCCUCCCCUCUGUUCCUCCUCAGCUGAAGACAGUGGGCGUGUUUCUAAAUGUGGGCGGAGCUUCCAUAACCUUCCACAAUCCGGUAACUCAAGAGUUUCUCGCUGCAAUCCCCGCCCACUUUAGUGCCCCUCUCCAUCCUGCUCUUCAAUUGGGCCAGGGAAGACUCAAACUCCGCCCCGGCCUGCCGCCACCCAAUCACGUCUUCCUCAGCCACAGCUCUGCCUAUCGGGGUCCAGGAGGGGCGGGAAGCGGGCGCUGGAGGCGGGAUGUCACGUUUGGUUUGGAGCUUGGGUUCGGGGGAACCCUGACUUCCCCUGCCGGAACGUUCGCAGACUGGCUACACGAUGGAUCGGAAAACAUUGAAGACAUCUACUAUUUAAUAAACAGGUAUAACAAAAAAGGCUUUGCCCUGGGUUAUCGGGAAAAUUAA